AUGGCGCCGCUGAGGAAUCUCUUCUCGUGGGCCCUACUGGCCGCCACGUCAGUAGAGGCCAUCAGCACCAGCAUGGGAGCAGUCGGAAAGUCCAUCGGACAGGUCAAAAAAGAGAUCGAGACCCGCAAUGCCGCAAAGUUGCUCAAGAGAGCCGACACCAAGCCGUCUCUGCUCUAUACGGAAUACAACUUCUCCACCCCCAUUGAUCACUUCCACAAUGAGACCAAGUAUGAGCCUCAUUCUGAUGGGAUGUUUCCCCUCCGCUACUGGUUUGAUGCAUCUCACUACGCUCCUGGUGGUCCCGUCAUCAUCCUGCAGUCGGGAGAGACUUCCGCCACCGGUCGUCUGGUUUUCAUGCAAAAGGGAAUUCUCUCUCAGAUGGCCCAAGCAACUCACGGUAUUGCUGUAGUCCUCGAGCAUCGCUACUAUGGCACAUCUUUCCCCACCCCAGAUUUGUCGACCGAGAACUUGCGUUUUCUCACCACCCAGCAAGCCCUCGCGGAUGAGGCCUACUUCGCCCAGAACAUUGUCUUUCCCGGUCUCGAAAAGUAUGGCGAUCUCACCAGCAAGACCACUGCAUACCUUUCUUAUGGUGGAUCUUACGCUGGUGCUUUCAGCGCCUUUCUCCGCGUUCAAUACCCAGACGUCUUCUGGGGAUCAAUCUCAUCUUCCGGCGUCACCAAGKCGAUCUGGGAUUACUGGGCUUACUGGGAGCCUGUCUCCGCGAACGCUCCUCAAGACUGUGUUGCCACUCAGAAAGCGAUCAUCAAUGUGGUCGACAACAUCCUCAUCGGCAAGAACGAUAGCUCUCUGACCAUGCAGUUGAAGGAGGCUUUCGGUCUUGGAWAUGUCACCUACGAUGAUGAUUUUGCCAGUGUUGUGAGCAAUUCGGGGGUUGGCAACUGGCAGAGUCUCAAUUGGGAUCCUGAAGUCACCGACAAUGAGUUCUACAACUACUGCGACAACAUCACGUCGACUGAAGUUCUCUACCCCGAGACAUCAUCCAAGCAAUCCGCUGUCGAGGGACUAAUCACUGAAGGCGGCUACACCCCGAACAAGACUUUGACGACUAGCAUGCUCAACAUGAUUGGCUACUUGAACUUCACAUCCAUAUCUUCAUGCACGGAUGAGACUCAAGAUCAGUGCUACUCAACUCACAACUCCACAUACUACCAACAGGACUCUUACGAUGCUUCAUGGCGUAGCUGGCCGUACCAGUACUGCACAGAGUGGGGCUACCUCCAGACUGGCAAUGUUCCCGAGGGCGAACUCCCGCUUGUCAGCAGGACUUUGGGACUGGACUACCAGAGCAUCAUCUGUCGAGAGGCCUUCAACGUCACCACUCCCCCUGAUGUUGAGCUAGUAAACAAGUACGGCGCCUACGACAUCUCCUACCCUCGCUUGGCGAUUGUAGACGGUGAAUGGGACCCUUGGAGACCCGCCACCCCUCACGCUUUCGAGUUUGGAGCCAAAGAUAGGAAGAGCACAGCUAGCGAGCCAUUUUUGGAGAUUUCGCAAGCGGUGCAUCAUUGGGAUGAGAACGGCCUGUUCCCCAACCAAACGACUGCGGAGUUGCCACCUCAGCCCGUGGCGGAUGCGCAGAAGAUGUUGAUUCAGAGCGUACAGGAGUGGAUGCAGGAGUGGGAAUUGCAGUGUUUGAUCAGAGGUGGAGGGUGCUCCGGCAGUAGUGCGAAGACAGACCUCUGA